AGAGAGUCGUUCUCUUUCGAUAACCUCGUUUGGUGGGUUGGUUGCUGUYGCMAUGUCCGUACUUGAGCGGUCUUUGGGACAGCGAGUAUUUCUGGUAGGAGAGCGAAGUUGACUGGAUUUGACGAUGGGCUUCAAAUGAAGUGAAUAUUUUUCAAAGGUUGCUUGGAUUGGACGGACUUUACAUUUAGCUAAUAAAAUUGAAAAGACUUCAAUUGGUGCAGAAUGUCUCAAUACAUAUCAGAUGAAUAUGAAGUGAUUGUCAUAGGAAAUGGYCCAAAUGGUUUGGCAUUGUCUUACAUGCUAGCUGGUAAUUGGCCAUACUAUAUGUUACAUCAACACCCUAACCCUAUUCUGAACMUCAAACUUUGUGAGGAGCCUGGAAAAUCAUUAGUUGAACAGGAUCUGGACUAUUUGAGUGAAGGACUAGAGGGAAGAACUUUCAACCCAGUUGCUCUUCUAUUUGACCAGCUACAAAGGCCCAAUACUGACUUGGGAUAUGAGGAAGGGUCAUGUCUACAGUGGAUCAAUAAUCCCGACCAUGCUGUCAAUCAUCUUGUCCUUGGUUAUGGUCCUCCUGGGGGGAGCUGGCAUAACAUGCAAGGAUCACAGCUUACACUUAGCCUUAAUAACUGGCUUGAGCUKCCUGGAUUUGAAUUCCAGGAUUGGCUUAGAGACCAUAAAUAUGAUAAUGUCCGUAAACCUUGCACUUUGGAGAAGAGUGAUUUGGCAGGAAUUGGAAACACAUACAACCGUGCAACAACUAGUCAUGUUGCGCAGUACUACAAGGAUUAUGUCGAAAAGAUGAACUUAUCAAAAUAUAUUAGAAAUGAUUCAAAAGUGUUGUCAGUGAAAAAAGGUCAGACAGGRCUGUGGGAAGUACGUGGAGUAAAAGGAAGUUAUCCAAAUGACAUUGAACCAUUUGAAGUUUUAACUCACAGUGUAGUUUUAGCUACAGGUAAUAAUGUGGCAAAGGUUCUUGGUAUUCCUGGAGAAAAACACCAAUUUGUCUAUCAUCACAUGGUUGAUUUAGAUGAAUUAAUGUGUGACCAGGAAGAGUGUGAGAUCCAACCAGAUCCAUGCCUGGUGGUUGGUGGUGGACUGUCUGCAGGUGAUGCUGUACUGGGACUUCUGUCUAGAGGCAUUCCUGUAAUACACAGUAUACGCAGAAGCAUUAAUGACCACAAUAUCAUUUAUAAUAACCUAACACCAGACGUAUAUCCAGAAUAUUGCAGUAUAAAGAAAAUGAUGAAAGGAACACAUUCAAAGGCUGUUGAUGGAUCAUAUGAAUGCUUACCCAAAACAAAACUGGUUGAAAUUUGUAACAACAAAGAAUGUAUUUUUCGAAGGUCUGAUGGAACUCAAUUCAAGAGAAAGGUUUCCAAUGUAUUUGUUUUAAUUGGUGGAAGACCAGAGCUGUCUUUCCUUCCACAUGCAAAUGAGCUUGGUAUGGAAAAGARCCUUCCAUUGGAUAGCAAGUCUAAUCCAGUAGAUAUCAACCCUUUUACCUAUGAAUGUCAAGGUGAACAAGGGYUGUAUGCACUGGGGCCCCUUGUUGGUGAUAACUUUGUCCGUUUUGGUAUGGGAGGUGCCUUGGGGAUUGUCAACCAUUUAUUUCGUAUUGAUCAGUAAUUUUGCAUGCACACCUUUUUUUACCAUGUUUCUAUAUUAUUCUCUAUUUCGUCCUUGCAYCAACAUCAGACCUUAACUUUUCCAAUUAGUAUUAACAGUAAUUUAUGGUGUUUCCUCGUCAAAUUACUUGUCAGUCAUCCAAACAUUUGCCUACAAUCAUCACAUGCAACCUGCAUAAGUCAUUCUUCCAACAUGGCUACAACUGUUGUAGGCCUAUUAAGCAAUUGUUUGAAAUCCCUUUAAUAGUUGUAGACAUGUUYGAAGCAUAAUUUAUACAGGUURCUUGCAAAGGUUGUAGACAAAACUAAUUUGGCCUUCAGGUGCCUAAAAAGAGUGAAAAAUCUUCUUUUUUCUUUCCACAAUCURAGUGGCAUGAAAGCCAGGAUWAYRUCWGRGACAAGUAAUUUCCAAAUCCAAUGCAUUCRUGAAGAUGACAUAUAUUACUGUUGUUACGUACAUAUAUAAAGCAUGUUUUUUCCUGUCUUUUUUAUUAUUUUGAUUGCUUGUUUUUWUCUCUUACACUGUAUAUUAUGUACAAUUUGUAAUAUUCUUUGAUACCAGUUUUUUAAUUCCACAAUCCACCAUAUUGUAGGAUAAAUCACAAGCAAUUGUGUUGCCCAUGGAAACAAAUUUGGUCCUUUCACACAAAAAAAAUAUCUUAUUUAAUACCAAGUACAGGUCAAUUUUUUUCCAUUUAUAUCACAUGUAUCUGAUAUAAUUGCAAGCUCAUUAAUCASCACCUGUUUUUGAUAUGGUUGCAUGAAAUAGCAAGAAAAGUCAGUUUGGUAAGUCUAGAUGUUUUCCUAUCUGACUAAAAAAACAAAUAUUGAAUGUACACCAAUGUAUUUAAUGCUCAAUAAAACAUGGAUUAGUCAUUA